AUGGGAUGCGAGAUAAAAGAAUUAGAUGUAAAAGAACUACAAAGAAAAAUUCUGUGCAAGUGUCAAAAAGCAGAGUUCUUGGCUCCUUGCUACGAAGAAGAGGAUGUAUGUCAAGAAGAAGACAUAGAAGAUAUAAAGGCACUCUCAAUGAAAGAUGAUAAAAUUGUAGAAGAGGAACUGCCAUUCGAAGAAAUAUUAGCCGAUAAACGUCGCAAAUACACCGCUAAGGAGGAAUGGGAAGGCCACUUCCUGCGAAAGAAACCAUCCACGAUACAUAAAGACGAUGUCGAAAUCGACGACAACGAUAUCGGCGAAGGUGAGGAGAUAGAUGAUCAUUUCGUUAGCGAUACUUCGCUCAUUAAAGAAGGAAAGGACGAAGGAGAAGAAGAGGCUCACGUACUAUCUUGGAGGCUUUCAUUGCCUGACGAAUUUGCCGACAUCAAUUUCUACAAUGGCAAUUCUUAUUCUGGUCGCAUCAGCAGGAAGAUGAUGGAGGGUGAAGGAACCUACAAAUGGCAUGACGGUGUCCGAUAUAAGGGUCAAUUCGAACAAAAUCGGAUUCAAGGAAGAGGUCUUUUGGGAUGGACCGAUGAUCGUUGGUACGAAGGCGACUUCGUGGACGGCCUUCGUCAUGGCCAAGGUAUCCUGAUAGACAAGAAGCACAGUCGUGUGCAUAUCGGUCAAUGGCAUACGGAUACGCAUAAAAAAGUGUAAGAAAAGAUAACGGAAGGAGUACUUAUCGUUAUAAUGCGCAGACAUGUCCAUAUCUGUCGAGACACAAUCUGUUACGUGCAAAAGAAAUAAACUU